CCCGUGUUCCGGACAAGGUUCCGUAGCCGCUGCCAAUCGCGUCGCCACUGGUCAGUUGACAUGAGUCUUCGGGCUGAGUCCCCCUUAGCAAAGCGGGGCGAAGCUUCCCAGGAUCACCCCUGUCCGUACCUGCCCACAAACCGUUGACAGACACCCACCAACGUCAUCAUGAACAGGAUGAACAGGACAAGAAGCGUGGGCCGUGGACGAGCGCGUGCAAAUUACAUCUGAAACAUUUUCAUGUACAGUUGUUUAGGUUGGGGUCAGUCCUGGUUGCUGAGGCCGAGUCUGACGGGGUGAACUUACGGCAGGCUAGAACUCAAAGCUUCGCCCUUACUUCCAGCGCUGCCCUUCUUGUGCACUGCAGUUUAGCUCCGAUGACUCUUAUCAUAUUACAGGUGCUCUCGCUUGAAUUCUUGUUCUCACGGUUUGGUUUCUAGGUUCGCCGACCAGCAGGUUGCAAUCCCUUGGUCACGGCCGCACCGUGUGCGGAUUUGCCAGGCCCAAACAAUGCUCUAAUGCCUCACGGUCAUGGAGCAUUACGUAUAUCUCCGCACCAUCGCGGAAGGCAGCUACGGCGAUGUCCACGCAUGCCUGCGGAAGGACACUGGCGAACUUUGCGCCGUGAAGCGCAUGAAGGACGCCCACAUCGAUGGCACGAGUAAGCGACUGGCGCUGCGUGAAGCACAAAUUCACCGGGCGCUUCCGCCGCACGUGAACGUCACCCGCCUCAUGGACGCCUUUCGCGGCACCAGCGGCCGCUUGUACCUGGUUUUUGAUUUGGCAAACCGAAGCCUGCUGCAUGAAAUGCGCAAACACCCUCGUGGCGUCGUGCCGUCUGGCAUGGCCAAGGUGGUGGCGUGGCAGCUGCUGCGCGCGCUGGAGCACUGCCACAAGCAGGGUGUGGUGCACCGCGACGUCAAGCCCGCCAACGUGCUCAUUGGACAGCCGCAAGCGGACCCAGCAGGCCGCGGGCCGCCAUCUCCAGCAGCAGCGGCAGGAGCGGCAGCAGCUGUGCACCCCGGCGGACAAUCCUGCAGCUCUACGCCCCAUGGCGCCGGCAUGGUCGUGAAGCUGUGCGACUUCGGGCUUGCACGCUACCUGCCCAGCAAGCGGUCAACCACCGCCGCCGCAAGACCGCGGCGAGGCGGCGAGGCGGGGCCCCUGGAUGACCGGAAACAGCGGCUGGGAGGGCUGACUGACUACGUCGUGACGCGGUGGUACAGGGCACCCGAGGUGAUCAUCUCGUGUGAGCCGUACGACACGGCGGUUGACAUCUGGUCAUUCGGCUGCACGUUGGCAGAGCUGAUGUCGGGCACGCCGCUGUUCCCCGGCUCCUCCAGCCCGGACCAGCUGUGGCGCAUCAUGCGCUGCUGCGGAGCGCUGGCGGACCGCCACGCGGCGUACCUCAAAUUUUAUCCACGGUUAGCGGCGCUCGCAGAGACGCCCGCACCAGGUCGCACGCUAGCGGAGCGCGUCCCGGCCGCGUGUCCUCAGAUGCUGGACCUGAUCAACGCCUGCCUCAACAUGGACCCCCUGAAGCGGCCCACCGCCACGCAGCUGCUGCAGCACCCCUUCUUUGCCGACGUCCCACGGCUGCUGGCGGCAGACCCCGAGCUGCAGCAGCUGCUGGCGGCGCCGCAGAGCAAGAUGCCGCAGCCGCUGGUGCCAAGCUCAGCUCCCGUGCCUCCCAAUGACCAGCAGCAGCCUAACUCACAGCAGCCACCGGGCGUUCCGGUAGCUGACGUCGUCACGGCGUCAAUGGUGGCCGCGCCGGCACCGGAGCCCGCGAUGCCCGCAGCCGCACCUGCUGUGCGUGCAGCGGGCGAUGAGCUAGCAGCUGCUGCAGCAGCUUCGCCGGCGGAAACGGUGCACAUCAGCAGCGGCAACAGCUGUAGCAGCAUCUGCAUCAUCGAAGUCGGGAACAUGGCUGCAACAGCAGACACAGAGGCGCCCCGGCGGCGGGUCAUGUCACUCAGUGCUCUCGUGAUCACUGCUGCUACUGUUGCUGCUGAUGCUGCUGAGGCCGUGGCAAGUGCAUCCAGCGGCGGCUGCGGCGUUGGCUGCGGCGAAACCUCAACAACAGUAGAUACUGCCGGCGGCGCAUCCGGCACCAGUAGCUGCAUGGCGAUGGCUUGGCCACAUCUGCUGGCUGCGCGUGGCGCUGUGACGCAACCGCCGCACGUCAUUCCGGUGGAUCUGCGCGUGUCGUACCUGGAUUUAGACGCGGCGAUGCCCGCGGCUGCAGCCGGCAUGGCCUACCAGCAACGCCUCCGUGAUGUGCGCAGCGAGCAGCUCCGGCCGGUGGCGGUGGAGCAAGGCCAGCGCCGGCACAUGUCCUACCCGCGCCUGCUGCCUAACGCGCUGCAGCAAGUGUACGCGAGCGCGUCGGAAGCUCAACAGCAGGAUGCGGUCACGGUGGACGCACCCGCAACUGCGGAUACGGCGGCGGGCGGCGGCGGAGAGAGAUGCCACGGCGGCUACACCCGCCGCCAUGGCGUCCUGUCAGACGCCAAGAGCUCUCCUGUUUCCAACCAAGCAUCUACCAAAGCCUCCCCGGCGGCUGCGGUUGCAGCCGCCGGCUCGAGGGCAGCAGCCCUGUCACCUGCUUCGCUGCUGCCGAUCUCUCGCACUCUUGGUGUGAUUGGCGCAGCCUCUGCGUCGCUGCAGUGUUCGUGGUCACACCUACGUCAGGGUGCCACCCCGGCGGGGCCCCCUUACUGUGCAGCGGCCCGGCAAGUGGAUUGUCGGUUUCCAAUUGGCCGCGGCCCGCGUGCGCCACCGGCGGACGGCUGCACCCUGCUCCGGCCGCCGGCCCUCACCGGUCGGCGGCGGACGCCAGUGAUCACGCCGUUAGCAGUGGAGGCAGUUGACGUGUACAAGGAGGCUACGGCUGCUGCGGCCAUCUCGUUGCAAACCUCGGGAGACAAGCUGCCUUCCCAGGUGGGAGCAGAGGGCAGCCGCAGCCUACAAGACGGCGGCGGGAGCACGUGGCCCUUUGCAUGCUCGCCUGCGGCCUUGUACAGCAGUCAUAACAGUGCCGCGACAGCUCCAGGUGAUGCGGGAGACCUGUACCGCUUCUCGUCUAUCGGCCAAGGCCCAACUGGCGCCGGUGCUCAGAGCCACCGCGGUCCUCGCCGGCUGCUGUCUGCCGCCGACCUCAGCAGCGGUGUCGGUGUGGUGCAGCGCAGCACCCGCAACUCAGAAGCCACCGUAUUAGCCGAGCCGGCGCUGCCCUGCAGCGGUAGCGGCGAUGGCGAACCUGCAGUGCAGCAGCAUCCAGCAAGCCAUCCGCGGCGGCAGCGUCCCACGCUGCACGCAUUUGUGUCUGUCGUACAACCGAGUGCGGCGGAUGUGGAUUUCGAUUCGGACGAGCCCCCUGAAGUCACUGGCGUCUGCUGUGGCAACGACCAUGCCGCUGCACCUUUGGUUGCUGCGGUGUCCUCUAUGGCAGCCGCUGGAGCCGUCACCGAAACAGUCCCGCUGCCAGGCGGUGGCAGGGGCUUCCGCGGCGGCACCCCGCAGCGCCCAGACUCGGCGGCCAAGACAAUGGACACGCAUGACGGCAACAUCGAGGUGACUGUGUCGGUGCGACUGGCUGCCGCCAUCUUGACCGCAGCAGCCUCGGCCGCCAGCACGUUCUCGCGGCGGGGCCUGACAACAGGCGUCUCGUCGGCUCCGUUGCUGGCGGCUGGCAGCAGCGGUGGCGCGGCUGCUGUGGCGGCGCCGGAGGCAGCCGUUGGUCCCUCGGCUGCUCCAACAACAGCGGCGGCGGCGGCGGCGGCGGCAGGUCAAGCACACUCUUGCAGCAGCGCAACCGUUGCUGCAGCGCCAGAGCAGCAGGCAAACACAGCAGCACGGAUCCUGAUGCCGCCGCCUGCCACAGAGGAUGUGUACAGCUACGCGUACAGCCCAGCUGCCGACCUGCUGGCCUCCGUGGGCGCCACCGCCGCGUGCCACGGCCGCCUGCUGGACCUCGAGCUGCGGUCCCCAUUUGACCUCGCAGAAGACACCACCACGCCUCGGCCCCCUGAGCCCCGUCAUGCCGCCCUCGUGGUUAGCAACGCCGUGUCUGUUAUGUCUACGGCCAGAACCACACGCGCGGUCACCCCCGUCGGGAGUGGGUGCAGUGGCAGCAUCCUGGUCGCGUCAGGCUACGGCGGUGGCGGCCCUGUGGCUGGCAUCAUCGACAUCAACGCCCUUUUCACCACGGUGGGAGGCAACCAGCAGCAGACCAGCAACACCUGCUGCACCUCCGUUUACAGCUGUGCCACCUCCGCGUACGUGCAAGGUGGCGGCAACGGUUCUGCAACGCCGUGCAGCAGUACUGCGGCCGCGGCGGCCGGCCCCGCCGGUUCCUUCGCGGCCCAUAGCUUCAGCACGGUUUCCGCGGCGGCGGGUGCUGCGGUAGGAACCAGCACGACGGCCUUUGGGACGGCUGGCGCAGCAGCGGGACGCUGCAGCGGCGGCCACCGCGGCGUGAUGACUUUCCUCGGUAGCAGUCACCAAGGAGCUGAGAUGGAGGUGCCGAGCGGCUCAACUGGCGUGCCCCUUGCUCCAGGAGCUUCUAACCCACUGGCAAGCGGCGCCGCAAACCGUAUCUCGGGAGGCGGCGCCGCCACGGCGGUCUCAGCUGCUGCGUUGCAGCUGCGCAACAGCGCAAUAGGCAGCAGCACAGCGCCGGACGUGGAUGCCACCAGUGCUGCUGGCGCCGCAGCCGCCGAAGCUACCAGCGCUUCGGAAGCCUGCAGCGCCACUGCCUCAGUGGGCGUGAGACUCGAGGCGUCCACCAUAGUGCGAUCGCGUGUGCUUGAGCGCCUCCUCGCACAGGCCUCCUCCCGGCUCUCUUGUGCGGACAAGGCCGACAGUGCCGGGGCUGCGGACGACUCGUGCGCGAGGAGGGACCGCCGCAGGAGCGGUAGUCGUGACUACUCCCUGUCUGGGUCCGUCUCCGGGCUGUGGUGGAAGGGCUUCGCGCUCCGCCCCGCAAGCUUGGACGUGCCCGAGGCACAGGUUCUUUUUGCACAGCAGCGGCAGGAGCAGCAAUCUCAUGAUGUCCAGGCGGCGGCGUCUAGGGCUGCCGCCGGUGUGAGUGACCAUCACAACUGGAAUGACGUGCAGGCAGGACGCGGCCAGGCCACACGGCAGCUGGAAGCUGAGGGGCGCGCCACCGCCGGUGGGCGCACAGCCGCAGUGUUCACUGCGGAGAAUGCAGCUGUUGCAGAAGCUGCAAAGCCGUCACGGUGGCGCACCUGGCUUCCUAGCAGCUGCUGGCGUGUGUAGUUGCAGCAGCUGCGCGUUUGUUGGGACGCACGGUGUGGGGAAGUGCAACGAGUACGGUAUAGAGGAUUGGUCGUAAAGGUCAUGCGGUAGAUGCAUGCUUUAGGCCGCAUCCUGCAGCAAAGAACGUUUGGUGGGCAAUGUUGUGCACCGAUGCGUGUUGUGCUUAUACGACUUAUGUCAACUUGAUAUACUAUGACAGCGGGGUACGGUAAUAAGCCCUGGGGUGCAGCAAUGGGGGUGCAACCAAUGCAACGCAAAGAGUAAGGAGUACCGUGCUAUGGCAUGCAUGUGGUGAUGUGGGUUACGAGCGCGUAAGCUGACAGUUGGUCCUGCAUUCUGCAAUUAUUAUUACUGGGGCAGAACACACUGCUUGCAUUUUCCGGGAUUCGGUGCAACUGUGCCGGACCUAACAUACUGUGUGUGCGCAGACUGCACUGGUCUGCCCCAAAAAGCCAACAACCCGGACAUAGCUUGCUGCGACAGUCAAUGCUUCAAGCUUGUGUGAACAGGAUGCAGGUCGCGUUUAAUGCAAGAAGCUGAUUAUUCUUUGUGGGCUGUAAAUGAUGCAUGCAGGGGUUUGCUGGUCGGCUGGUACGGGUGCGGGUGCUGACGGCUCUGUCUUAGGCAGGGCCCGUGCCUGCACACGCUUAUCUUCUUGCAGCUCUAGGGCGCAGCAAGGCUAAGCUUACUGUAGUUGUCUUGAGCAAUACGCGAUCCAUGUCUGCAUGAAAUGUCUAGUACAGGGCUUGGCGGAAAGCUCAUGGCAAGAGGCCGGAAAGAAGGGGGCUGGCUAGGAUUCACGCAAGUCGAAAUACGGUGGCAGGGGAACAAGUCAAUGAGGUAAGAGCGCCUGAAAUGUCAAGGGGAAAUGCACGGGCUUGAUUGGGUGUCAGUGCGAUAAGAGAGCGUACUUUAAAGCAAAACGAUGCCUGUUGCAAUGCAUUGCAUUCAUGCGCGGACUCACUCGCGUGUUUUAUCCAUGCCGGGAGUUAUGCUGGCCAAAUGCGUGCGGGAAAGGAGAGUGAAGCUGUGGGGGAUGCGAAGUGCGGGCCGUGCGGCCGCUGGGAUGGCGUGGCAACAUACCGUACGGUAUAUUUGGUUGCCGUGUGAACUAGCGGGCACAUGCAGGUUGAACAAGCGGGCAUCCACAAGGUGCAUGAGUGGACAAAACCCGCAUCAGCUUUUAGCGCCAGGUGAAUUGAGCUUGAGCAGGUGCGCCGCAGGGCGGGCACUGGGGUCUCCAUCCGCGGCACCGUUUGAAAGGAGCUGGGGGUUGAAUCAGUUGCUAUCUUGGUGGUGCCAUAGGCCAUUGCAACACACGCCUUGCGCACGUCUUGUUUCAUGGUACAUGGCGUUGGUCAAACACAUGGUUGCUUCGUGACAGUUCGCUGGCGUGGUUGGGGUGUACAUGGCUAGCCAGUGAGCACACCGGUCUGCCACGUGUGAAGGGCUGAGCGAGAAAGGAUAAUGAACAGGGAGGUAGGCAGAGACGGUCCUGCUGGGGGAGCAUACGACUCUGCCAACUGUUGCAGGCGACGAUUAGCAUAGUCUGCACCGGUGCGGUUGCGCAUAGGAGAGGGUUCGAUUUGGGUCAGAUAUGGGCCUCGGUUUCUACAACAACAGGAAUGCACGUCGUGCUCACCACCUUGUAACCACACACAACA